CCAUCCUACAAUAUACUAAUUAUUGUGAGCCUCCUCCUAUCCACUCUACUCGUCUCACCCCCGCUCCCACUUGUUCUCCUCCUCCUGCUACAUCACCAGAAAUUCACAUUCUUCCUUGUUCUUGCAGUGUCCAAGAGCUGGAUGGCAGCUCCAGGCCAAUCUCCGCACGAUGCAUGUGAUCAUACGGUGAGCAGAGGCCCGGCUCUGCUGCCCCGGCAGGCCAGCUCGGCGCCACCGGCUGGGCCGCCGGAGCUGUCGACGACAUCGUCGUCGACGACGGGGUCGGGGAGGACCGCGCCGGAGGCAAGGGCCCUGAAGGCCCACAGCGAGGCCGAGCGCCGGCGUCGGGUGAGGAUCAACGCUCAUCUCACGGCGCUCAGGAGGAUGAUCCCUGAUACCAAGCAGAUGGACAAGGCCGCCUUGCUGGCCAGGGUGGUGGACCAAGUGAGGCAGCUGAAGAGGAGAGCCAGCGAGGCCGCACAGCAGACGCCGGCCGUCCCGCCGGAGACCGACGAGGUCUCCGUCGAAUUCUGCUGCACAGGGGACACCGAUGACGACGACAGCCGCCUGUACAUUAAGGCGUCUGUCAGCUGCGAUGACCGCCCGGACCUCGUCGCCGGUUUCAUCCAGGCGCUCCAUGGCCUGAGACUUAGGACAGUAAGAGCGGAGGUGUCCUCCCUGGGAGGAAGGGUGCAGCACGUCUUCACACUCUGCAAGGAGGAGGAAGGCAGUGCAGGGUGUGCUGGACUGAAUUCCCUGAAGGAGGCUGUGAGGUUUGCUCUGGCCAAGGUUGCUUCAUCAGAGCUGGUGUGUGGCGGCAGUCCGUUCCAGUUCCAGAGCAAGAGGCAGAGGAUUCUUGAGUCGCAUUACUCAAUCAUGUCCAUAUAGAUGAGUACUUCUGGAGUAAGUAUAUAUUUUUUUCCAGAUUUGAUGUUAGUGCUGUAAGAUAAGAUAGAUGCAGUCACUCCACUUCCAGGAUAGAUAUCAUGCCAACAGGGUUUACACUGUUUGCCUGAUGCAGCAUGGCUGCCGACAUUCAGAUUGCA